AUGAGAAGCCCUUCAGUAUGGAUGCUGAGCGCGAUGUCGACGCGUGUACUCGGUAAUGUCGUGCAGAAGGCCUAUGAGAUGAAUGCAACUACAUCUGCUGUAAUCCUACCUCCAUAUCCAUCUGGCUCAAGAGCACCUGUUCUACUAUCAUCAACACAGCCAUGCGAAACAUCAACGAAUCCUUCGGUUCAGUCCACAGCAAGCAUCGUUCCAUACCCGAGUGUAUCGCCAACAACUAGCUCUUUUCCCACUCCGACAGCAGUGUCGGUAUCUACUAGUUCACGUGUCCUUCUGGAUGUACGCCCUCUGACUGUUACGACCAUCCCAAGCGGUACCAAUACUCCGUCAUCAGCCUUUGGGUCAGCCAGUUCCUCCCAGGUCGCGUUCACACCCAUUGUUGUGCCAGCUUCGACAGCCAGCUAUACCAUAGACCUCCCAGUCCUUUCCUCUAUAUUAAUACCCGGUCUCACGCCACCGGCCAUUUCGACACGGACUGCGACAGCGAGUACUACCAUCAGCCAGGGUUUGUCCACUUCUCUUCCGACACCUUCAGGUUCCGCCUCAAGUGCGUUGGCUACUACAACGACUUCAGUCGCUGUUGCAUCCUCAGCUGCAUCCUCAGUCUCAGUAUCCUCAGUCGCGAUUACAUCCUCGGGCUCAAUAACAUCCUCGGGCUCAAUAACAUCCUCGGGCUCAAUAACAUCAUCAGUACUUUCUGGGACGUCUACAAUUGAAUUCCCUACCUCGCCACCUUUUUCGUACAACCCCUCCGCUUCUAGAGGUUCAGCUACUCCUAUCUCAAGGCCUACACCAGAGCCAUCCAAUGCCAUCGUCGCUGGAUCCACAUUGAGUACAUCCUCAACGGCUAGCCCGACAGCAGAAACCGAAAUCCCACCUGCACCACCUGCACCAAGUGCUGCCGGAGCUCCUGGUGGUUUGAGUAGCAGAGGCAAAGAGAGAGUAUGGUGGGUUGCUUUCUUCGUUCCGUUCCUACUUGCAGUAUAA